GACGGUCCAACUGCUGAACCAUGAUCAUCACCAUCUUUAUCACUCCAUCCUUUGUGCUGUAUUCUCAUCUUAUUCGGCCUCAUUUACUUACACCGUUAAUCAUCACACCGUUGAGUUUCUACUGUUGUGAGCGCACAGAGAACGCAGAAGCUAGCCUCGUGUGCUGUUAGCCUAACGGUCGCGUCCUCUCCUCUCCAUCCGGUCAUCGCUGCUUUGCUGUCGCUAUGGGCUGCUCUUUGCUCCCUCUUUUCGUCGCUGUGCUGGCAGCCCGGUUUGUUGUCGCAGACCCGGAGGAACACGGUCCUGUCGACGGAGCUCCGCCUUCAAAGAUAGCUGUGGUUGGGGCAGGGAUAGGAGGCAGCGCCACUGCCCACUUCCUGCGUCAGCACUUUGGCCCAGAGGUCCAGGUGGAUGUGUUUGAGAAGGGAGAGGUAGGAGGCCGUCUCGCCACAGUAACCGUCAAUCACAACGACUAUGAGUCUGGAGGCUCCAUUAUUCACUCGCUCAACCUCCACAUGCAGGAGUUUGUCAAGCAGCUGGGUUUGAAGUAUCGUCGCAACGUGGCCGGAAAGAUGGCGGUGUUUAACGGCGAAGAGGUGAUUCUGGAGGAGACGGACUGGUACCUGCUCGACCUGUUCCGGCUGUGGUGGCGCUACGGUAUUAGCUUCAUACGUCUGCAGAUGUGGGUGGAGGAGAUUAUGGAGAAGUUUAUGAGGAUCUACAAAUACCAGGCCCACGGCUACGCCUUUAGCUCCGUAGAGGAACUGCUGGACUCUCUCGGGAGCAGCGGCUUCAUCAACAUGACCCGGAGGCCGCUGUCCGAUUCGCUGCUGGAGCUGGGUGUGUCCCAACGCUUCAUUGAUGAGGUUAUCGCACCCGUGAUGAGGAUCAACUACGGACAGAAUGUCAGCAUCCCCGCCUUUGUAGGAGCUGUGUCUUUAGCUGGUGCCCAGAACAACCUGUGGGCGGUGGAAGGAGGCAACAAGCUGGUGUGUUCAGGCCUGCUGAAAAUGGCCAGUGCUAACCUGCUGCAGGCGCAGGUCAACUCCAUCUCUCCCAUCCACUCAGGAGAGGGACUCCAGUACCAGCUGAGCUUCACCACGGCAACAGGGACGGCAUCAGAGCUGUAUGACAUUGUAGUGUUGGCGACGCCUCUACAGGCUAGCGUCGGGUCUGGAGUCCAGUUUCAAGGUUUCACGCCUCCGUUUGAUGAGCUGCCUGGCAGCUAUCACAGCACUGUAGCAACCAUCGUCCAUGGUUACCUCAACACUUCUUUCUUUGGGUUCCCGGAUCCCCGUCUGUUCCCUUUCGCCAGUGUCUUGACGACCGACACACCUGAUCUGUUCUUUAACAGCGUGGCUAGUGUUUGUCCCGUCAACAUCUCAGCAGGGUUCCGGCGUAAGCAGCCGCAGGAGGCUGGAGUCUACAAGGUGUUCUCCCCACAGCUGCUGGAAAAGUCUCAGCUCAAAACGCUAUUCAGGUCGUACUACUCAGUGCAAGUGACGGAGUGGCAGGCCUGCCCUCGCUACAGCAGCAGCCAGCGACUGCCACCUGUGGAGCUGCACCCCAAUCUCUACUACCUCAAUGGGAUUGAGUGGGCUGGUAGUGCCAUGGAGAUGAGCUCAGUGGCUGCCAAAAACAUCGCCCUGCUAGCCUACCACCGCUGGAAUAGACAGACAGACAUGGUGGACCAGAGAGAUCUGGUGCAUAGGAUCAAGACCGAACUAUAACCUGACAAACGAAUGCUAAGACCCCGAUGGGUAAUGUGAUGUAUGUCUGAGUGUAUGGAGUCACCCAACCAAAUUGUAAACUUUUGGGGAUUUUGACCAGUGGCAAGCGGAUUUAGAUGUGCAUUUAUAUAAUAUAACCUUUCGUGAAUGCAUUGAAUUUAUUCAGUCAGUACAGUAAGUUGAACAGAACUUGACCCUGCUGCCUCCUAACUAAACAUAAACAUCAAAAACCAUAAAUCAUUAUAUUGGCACCAUUAUAGACUCUGGUCCUGCUCCGCUACCCAAAAGGCCCGUUUCAUUUCACUGAUUCUCUGUGCCACAUAAAAGAGACAUGUUGCAGUUUUGUUUGUGGAUUUAUUGCCAAUGCUAAUUGGCAGUUUCCAUCCAAAAAUGAUGCCGCAAGAACCUUUCCUUUGCCAAGAAAUAAGAAAACCAAGCAAAUGUGGAGAACACCAGCUGGCGUACUGUAUACUGUAUGGACUGUUAGGAGGUGGUGGUGCUGUUAAUGAACACCAUUUAAUAUAAAUACCAGUUUACGGUUUUGGUACUGCUCUUCUUAAACAAAUGUUUCUGUUUCCAAGCCAAGAAAGUGUUUAGAACAAUAAGCUGUUGUACAGUAUGUAACUAAUCACUCAUUUAACUUUGUCAUCUAAUCAAAACCACAGCGCUGCUGCUGCUACUCUCUGUAAAUGUAGGGACUGUUAAUGGACUGGUUGUUGCCACCAAUGAGAUCUCAUUAAAGUAAUCUCAGUAGGAUUUCUGUAAAUUAAUAAUUAUUCACCAACCCAUGGUAGUGGCCACUGGUGCAGUGCUCUAUUGUCCCUUUCAUCAUUAUCUCCCCUUCCUGCUGCUUUUGUUGCAUAAUCCAGCGGAAAUAAUUUUUUUUUCAGGGAAAUGAGCCAGCCGGCUUUCACAGCAGACUGAAUAAGAGCAGAGGACAGAUCCGUGCUGCUGCUGCUGCUGACCACAAAUGUUUCCAUUUUCUCGCAAGCAUUAAAAGCCUCAGUGGGAAAAAAGCUUUUCUGCUGAGGACUUUAAUCAUGUAAAGCACACACGUGAAAAUUUUGGGUUUCACUUUCAGAAUGGGGAAAAUGUUUGUACGAAGACACAAUGAGAAACCGAUGACAGCUGAUUAUCUUCAUGUGACUGUUUGAGUUGUCUUGUUUUCUUAAUUUCUAAUUUAUCUACACUGGAUUUGCGCUGAAGUGGAUUUCUAGAAAACCUUGUGACUCCAAAGGGCUUCAGUUGAUGGAUAAUGUGAUUUCUGUUGUGUGUUGAAAAGUUGCUGAUGACACUGAUUUAAAACACUGUGAUGGCUUCAGAAACAAUGUGAUGGAAACUGUGUAUAUUUUAGUCAUUUUUUUGGAAAAUUUCAAAUUUCAAAAAUUGCUUUUUUAGGUAGAACGGUAACAUUUGUAGCUACAGUACUUGUAUGUACAUUUUCUAGUAAAUACACAUCUCAAAUACUAUUUAGACUACUUGUCUGUGUCAGCUGUUCUGAUCUUGAAAACAUGAUCAGAUUAAAGAGCAGUGAGAAGAAUGAGAUCUUAACUUGGAAUUAUCUGGCAAACUCCUGUAUUUAAGGUCUAAAUGUUCCCGUUCUAAAUGGUGUACAUUGAAUAGUAUAGUCAUAAAGAUGUACUGUAAGUACAUAGUAAAAGUACUGCAAUAAAUUGCCCCUUGGUAUUAGUCAUUAUACAGUCAGGUCCAUAAGUAUUUGUAUAAUCACACAAUAUUUGUAUUUUUGUCUUUGCAUAGCACCACAGUGCUGAUUUCCAUCUGUAAUUGAGUGGGGUUAUCAAACGUGUUGCAUUAACUGUUUGGAAAUAACAGCGAUUUUUAUACAAAGUUCCCCAGAGGCUCAAAAGUGAUUGCACAAACAUAAUUUUAAAUACCAGAAUUGUUUUAAAUACUUUGAUGAAAAAUAAAUACUAAAUACUUUUGCAGUCCAAUCCUCUGAAGUCUAGAACCCAUGGACGUGACCAGAUGCUGUGUUUCAUUCUUUUAGAUGCUCUGUCAGGCCUUUACUGCAGCUGCCUUCAGCUGCUACUUGCUUUUGUGUCUGUGCCUUCAGGUUUGUCUUCAGUAAAUGAAAAGCAUUCUUUAAUAGGAUGAGAUCAGGUGACUGACUUGGCCACUGAAGAAUUUCCCAUUUCUUUGCUUUGAUAAACUUUUGGGUCAUGAUCCAUUUGCUUUGUGAAGUUUCACUGGCAGCCAUACAUGCUGCUAUCAAAAACCUCCACCAUGUUUGAUAGAUGAUGUGGUACGCUUCAUAUCAUAAGCUUUUUCUCUCCAUCUCCAUAUUUUUCUCUCCACAACAUUCUGGUGUUAGUUCAUCUUGGUUGCAUCUGUCCAAAGAACUUGUUUCAUAACUGUUCAGGCUCUUUUAGAUGUUUUCUGGCAAAGUUCAAUCUGGCUUUCUUGUUCUUGACUGUAACCGGUGGUUUGCAUAUUGUUGUAAACCUUCUGUGUUUCCAUUCCUGAAGCCGUCUCUGGGUUGUAGGCCUCGACAAUUCGCCUUCUCGAGAGCGUUCUUGACUAGGUCAGAUGUUGUAAAGCUGUUUUUCUUAACCAUUGGAAAUAAUUCUGUCAUAAUGCACUUUAGUUGUUUUCCGUGAUCUUUCAGGCCUUUUGAUGUUUCUGAGUUGGUCAGUGCAUCCCUUCUUUUUCGGAAUGUACCAGAUUGUUUAUUUAGCCACUCCUAAAGUUUUUCCCGUCUCUCUCUAUGUUUAUUUUGGUUUUCAGCCUAAUGAUGUCCACCCCCACAGGCAUCAAAUACUUCUGCUUACCUGAUAUAGAGAGUUCCAGUAAACAGCUAUCAAAUGGAAGGUUUACACUUUGAGUCGGCUCCAGAUCUUUAAUCUGGCCAUCAGAGUGCUUGUCGGAUUAUUGUCCAAUUAAUUUUGAGCCUUGGAAAAUGAAGUUCUGAAUAAAAAUGUCUGCAGUUCCUAAUCAGUUAA